UCUCCUGCAGCCUGCUGUGUUGUUUUGUGUGCAUGUUGAGGCAGAGUGAGAGCGGAGGAACGUGUGCUCAGGUCCUUUUAAACAAAGAUCCUGGACACUAGUUCGUGUGUGUGAGUGCUUGAUGUGAUGUGACUGUUUUAGAUCCAGCCUUCCACUGUUUGCACUUAUGAAAACGAGGUAUUUAUUUUUAUUUAUCCGACAGUAGUCAUUUAGUUGAGUCAAAGCCAUACCCGAAACCCCGGCUCGGCGUGGCUUUAUAAAACCAAGACUUUGUGCUUGUUUGAUGUUAUUUAGUUAGUUAGUAUUAGUUUAUUGUAGUUGGGAGAAGAUGUCCACCGAUUGCCAGAAGACCACCGCUAAGGCCAUCCCGUCGAUCAGGAGGGUGACGAUCAACGACGCGGAGCACAUGCCCCACGACUACUCCACCACCCCGGGAGGGACUCUGUUCAGCACGACCCCCGGCGGUACCAGGAUCAUCUACGAACGCAAGUUCCUGCUGGACUGUCGCAGUUCUCCGUUGGCCAGGACCCCUCCUGCCAACCUGCCAGUCAUUCCAGGAGUGACCAGCCCUGCCUCCAAGGACACCAGCAAGAACACUCAAAAUGGAGAACUACUGAACAACAACACCGCUGCUCCGAACAGUAGCACUGCUGGUGAUGACGCACAGUUUGAAAUGGACAUCUAGGUGAAGCCCAACAAAGUGCUGUGAAGAGAGGGGUACCGUCUCCCCCCCUACCAUCACCUACUCCAUGUAGACAGAGGAUCUUAUCUCUGUCGGCCUCAUUUUUUGGAUCUGUAAUUACACUUUUACUGUCUGCCUCAAGGUUUCGGCCUGGUUUGUGUGUAACAAAAAGUGUGCCUUCAGGUAGUGGCUGCGAGUUUAAAACGAACACUGAGAAGUGCUUAACACCAACAAUGCCUCAUCGCUCGGUAAUAAAACAAGUCAGUGAAAAUGAGAAUCGAGUUGUCCGAAUUUCUAACCAUUCCAGAACGGUUUUCACUCGAUGUGCUUUUAUUUCAGUGCAUUUCGCACAAUCUCUCUUUAGAUACGGUCUGUCAGUAUUGCUCUCAUAAACGAGCGCUUCACCUGAAGUGUAAAGAAUGUCAAACAGAAAUUUGUUGACGGCAUUUUGAAUCAGAUAUUUUGCUAUUUUAGGGUGAUUUAAAAAAAGAAAUUAAAGCAAACACCAU